GUAUGCUCUUGGUGCGGUUUCCAUUUCUGAGCUCUAAAUUAACAUUAAAAUAAAAUACUUAGAAAUCUAUACAAUAUGGAUGUUUACAAACAAAAUAAAACCGUUAAGACGCAACAUUUUAUCUGAGUCGGCUGAUGUAAGGAGGGAAACACUCGCCUGGUACAAUGUACAAAACUCGUCAACGGGUUUGCUUCUGCGCAGGUGGGCGGAGUCACCAAUUAUGACCAAGGAUACUCGAUUUUAUUUGAAUGUGAAGGUAGACGCAGCUGGAUUCAUGUUGUAGCUAUGAUAAAUGCUCUUGGUCUCACAAUUCUAAGGUUGUGGAAUAACUUCUACCUGCACUAUCAAAUAUCCAAGCGGGUAGGCUGUCAGUGUGUGAGACCCGUGCCGUCGCUUAUGGAUGGAUAUACUUUCUUAGAACUUUGAGCAGUGUGAUUAUAUAAAGUCCUUGGUCGGAGAGAGAUAGCAGUGUCAUAGUGACUCAUCCAAACUUCUUCACACUUACUUGUAACGCAACUGUCGGACAGAUGGAAGAAGAGACAGUACUGAAGACGCCACUGAAGGUGACUGUCUCCUUUUAUAUGCUGGGCAUUGUUACACUGCUGCCAUGGAACUUCUUCAUCACAGCGGAUUCCUAUUGGCAGUAUAAAUUCCGGAACGUAAGCCUAGAGGAUGAGUGGGACGACCUUGACGCCGGCCUCACGCCCCUUCAGGUCUCCUUCAUGCCCACCCUUAUCAUCGUCUCCAAUAUCUUCGCCACACUCUUUCUCGUUGUGAACUCCUUCAUCGUCACCAGAGUGAGCGAGAGAGUCCGUCUACUUGGGUCACUAUGCGUGUCCUUUUCGGCCAUGUUAUUGACCACCAUCUUUACCUUCACCAACACAGACGCAUGGCAGGUGAACUUCUACAUCAUUACCAUGGUCAUAGUGUCACUGCUUAACAUAUUCAUGGCAAUGAUCCAGGGGUCCAGCUACGGUCUGGCUGGAAUGUUCCCUAUCAACUGCAUCAACAGCAUGAACUCUGGCCAGGCCAUAGCUGGGGUGUUCUGCUCCCUCGCUCGUAUUCUCUCCCUCGUGGUGGGGGAUAAACCCCUCAUCAGCGGACUUGUCUUCUUCUCCAUUGCUGAUGUCUUCCUCCUUGCCUCCAUCGCCGACUACAUUUAUCUUACGAAAAUGGAAAUUUAUGCCAAGAUUAAGAAUAAGGCAGAGAAUACGGAGUCUACACAAGUGGCCAAAAGCGACUGGGAGACUUACUUGGUAGUUUUUAAGAAGGUGUGGUUGAUGGGCACCACGUAUGCAGGGACGUUGUUUGUGACACUGAUGAUAUAUCCUGCAGUGAUGGUGUACGUCACUUCCUACAUGCCCGAGUCUCAGUGGACCAAGGUGUACUUUCAGCCAACUAUCACUUUCCUCGUCUUUAACCUGGGCGACUUGCUGGGGAGGGAGACGCCACGCUGGAUCCCAUGGCCUGGGCCUGAAGGGUGGUCGCUGCACAUACUUGGAGCGGCGCGUCUCAUCUUUGUGCCGCUGCUGAUGCUCUGCCACGGUGACAAUAAAACCUUCCCCACUGUUUUCAACCACGAUUCUUACUACAUCAUCCUCAUCACCCUUUUUGCUUUUACCAACGGCCACGUCGGGACACUUACCCUUAUUUACUAUCCUGGAUUGCUGAAGAGUGAAGAGCUGGAGGUGGGUGGAGCUAUAAUGGCGGCCAUGUUGGGGGUGGGCAUGGUGGUGGGGUCUCUGCUGUCCCCGGGUUUUGUAGCUCUGUGGGGGCCCAAGUGACCCACCCAGAGUAAGGGGGGAAAGGGGCAAUAGUGCUGGUCAGAUGAGCCCCAGUCCUAAAAGACCUCAUCCUAACCUAACUUACAAUUUGGGCCUAUUUUAUUGUCUGUGAAGAGUGGAGUCAAUUUGACUGGUUACUUAGGGUGAAGAGGCCCUAGUUUAGAUAUUGUAGAGUGGAAAAAUAAGUGAUGGUGUCUUCUACCGGAGAGUAUUAUUUGACUUUCUACAUUAGUUUCUCAUUCUUUUUGUUUCACAAUAUUACUGUAACUUUGGAGGAACAUGAAUUAAAAAAAAUCCAUCAAAAUUUCAAAACAUUUUCAGAAAUAAUUAAAAAAGUUUUAGGGGUGAAUGUAAAUGUAGGUAAAGUUGAAGGUAGGAGAGCCAAGGGAAGGCAGAGACUGGGUUGGAUGAAUGAAAUUAAAAACUGGGUCCCUAAAGAGAUCCAUAAUCUUGGAGGAUUGGUAUAAACAGCUCAUAAAAGUUUAGAUUACUGAGGCGCCACCACCAACACCAGAUGACUAAGGCACCACCACCACCAGAUGACUAAGGCACCACCACCACCACCAGAUGACUAAGGCAUCACCACCAC